AUGUGCACUAAACGUAGUCAUUUCAUACCAAAGUUGUUAUACAUUUGUUUAACUUUAAGCGGACUAAACGCCUUUGUGCUAAGGGCAUAUAUUUCUCAACAUGGACUUCACGGGGAAAUUGAGUUUUCACCCAAAAAUGACACCUUGAUAAGCAUAAGGACAAACUUGAAACCCACUCUGCAGUACCCAGAUGGCGUAUGGAGAUGGACCAUUCACGAGUUCCCAGUCGAUUAUAGGGAUAUAAGUGGCGAUAGGUGUUCAGAAGAGAAAUUAGGAAAAGAACUUAUCGAUUUGACGGAUGAAUUAGGAUACCUCGUUAUCCCAGGCAAAGAUCAUGCGGAGUUCGAAAGCAAAAAUUCCCUUACUGGCCCUAAUGGUUUAUGGGGAAAGAGUAUUGUACUGGAAACCGCUGAGCGUGAUCGGAUAAUUUGUGCAUCCAUUUUCUCAACUGAAAAUCAGUACGAGACCCAACAUGCAUAUGCAAGAUUUACAGCUCCGGUGGCUGGUACGCUACACUUCGGUUGGUUAUCAUCCAAAGAAUAUGAUGAAUCUGAUUCAUAUAUCUUAGCAGAUUUGUAUCAUACAAAAGCUGUACCUCAGAAAGAUUUUACGUCUCACAAAUGGAAAUUGUUCGUUACCGAUAUAUUCGACGCUGAUAGAGGAAAUCAUGAGGAUAAUUGUAACGUUUUGCAAGUUGUUUUUGAUCCAGAGAAUAGCGGAGAUGGGAUGACUGUUGGUGAUCUAGAUAGCCGCUUAGGUUUAAUAAAUGUGGCUUCCGAUCCCAACGUACAAAAAACUAGGAAAGUCUAUAAGGACGAUGUUCUGAAUAUCCUGAGGAGUGACAUGGAAGUGACGAAAAGAAGUUUGUAUGUUGUCAUAUAUGAUAAUAAACACACUGAUAGUUUUUUGGCGUGCGCUAAACUAAGGACAAUACCUCCAAAAAGCACUAAAUCUUUAAUAAAUAUGGAUGGAAUACGAGGUACUGUGGAAUUCACUCAACGAAGCCCUUUCGAUCCUACAUGGGCGAGCUUCCAACUUGGGGCGUCUGACAUGGACUAUGAGUCUAACCUUCGUUUUGUCAGCUCCAUUACCCAGUACAGCAUAAGAGAACUGCCUCCAAAACUUUACGAGGCUAAAGACUGGGAAACGAUGUGUAACACGACAGGUGGAAUGUACAAUCCAAAUAAUGUUGAUUUGAAGAAUACUCCUCCUGCAGGUAUGAGUACACAAGACCAUUAUGCUAUUGGAGACCUCUUAGGUAAAUACAAAGACAGGACUGAGUAUUUAAAUCACAAGUACCUUCUACCAGGUCUAGCUAAUGAGUUAAGUGGGUCGUACUGGGAUGUGUUUUUGCCCCUGAGUGGAAAAUAUAGUGUAAUGCACAGAUCCGUUGUAGUUACAAGACGUCCACCAAAACAUGACCUUUGUGCUACUAUUCACUCCUACGAGUAUGGAACAGAUUACCAGACCCAAAUGAGUUCAGCUGAAGUGGUCUAUCGCUAUCCCAUUGUUAGUAGAGUGAUAUUCAGGCAGCCACUUGAAAGACCUUGGGAAGACACCACUGUUAUCAUCGAGAGUAUGAUUCACUCAGAUGGUUCAAAUGUUAAUAACACUCACGAACACCGCUGGGCCAUCCAUGAACAUCCUCCUGGAAUUGACUAUUACAACUGGACAGCUAGAUGUCUCAGCGCAGGGAAGAUGUAUGAUCCCCACGGAGUAGAUACAGAUACUAGACAUCCGGAGCAAUAUUGCAGAACUGGCUUGGAAGGACUAUGUCGAGUUGGAGACUUUACUACCAGGCAUGGAAUGCUUUCUGUGGCUGGAAGGAAGCGAGAUAGUGAAAGGCUCACAAGAAAAUUAUUUACGGAUACUGUGAUUGGGUUGGCUGGGAAGUACUCCAUCAUGAGGAAGUCACUGGUGAUUUACGAUGAUCACGGACCUGUGGCCAGAGGAGAGAGAAUGGCGUGUUCUAUAGUGAAUGGUCUAUACCGUCGUAAAGCUGUUGUCCGUGACUGGUUUGGUAAUGGUGACGCUAUCAGCCUCACAGGGAAGUUUGAAAUGACGCAGCAGUCAGAGUAUGAUGUCACGAACGUCCACAUUAUUUUGGAAAACUUGGCUGAUGACGUACAUAAUUAUAAGAUACAUCUUACUCCCAUUGAGAAAGAACUGGAGUUUCCGUGUGAGAAGACGACAAUUUACGAUACAUACAAUCCGUUUAAUAUCAGCAAGUAUCACGAACCACCUCCUACAAAAGGGACCGCAGAUCAGUAUCAAUUGGGAGAUCUUGGUAGUAAAUAUGGUCUCUUGGAUGACGUUAAGAAAUUUACGACCGUAUACAAUGAAACACAACUCAGUCUAUAUGGACAGUAUAGCAUAUUGGGUCGAUCGGUUGCUAUUCAUAGAGAUCAACGUGACCGUCGUUGGGCCUGCUCAACUAUAGAACGAGGUUACAGUCCUUCAGAAGCUCGUGAGAUCCGGGCAAUUGCAUCCUUCCACCACCCGGGUGGUUUCGCUCAUGGUUAUAUCCGGAUGACUCAGUUAAUUCACAACGAUGGGAGUACCAGUGAUACCAUUAUUGAGGUGAAAUUGCGACACCCUGGACAAUAUGAUAGGAAUCUGACCCACCACCACCGUUGGGAAAUUUUCGUAAAUCCGGUUGGCGUAGAUGCAGCUGUCAAAGUGACGAAUACUCGAUGCGUAGCUGGAGGUUAUCGUUGGAAUCCUUACUUCACACAACUGGCUGAUCCACUUAACCAUGAUCUAUAUGAACAAGAAUGUGGAGCUGACAAUCCUUUGCGGUGUGAUGUUGGAGAUUUGACUUCCAGACUUGGAACUAUUAGUAUUGGUGGCGACCGUCAAAUGUUCAUGGAUAGCAACUUCCCACUCGAAGGCAAAGUUUCCGCAGUCGGCCGAUCUAUCGUAAUCAUGGGUCCCGAACGAAGUAGCGAGAAGUUUGCCUGCGCAAACUUACAACCAGACAAGGAUAUCAUUAAAUACGUCAAUAUUAUGAAACCACCACGAUUCGUUCUAGGCCAGUUUUUACGAGAAAUCCGGAAAGUAAUGGGUGUACCAGAGUGGAUGGUCGGUGUUGAUUCCCGUCGUACUCGCAUUUUGCACUCUGGCGCAUGUAUACAAGUGUUGCUGCACUUCCAGGGACCCGACGCGAACCAGCUUGAACUUGACUUUAGCAGAUUACUUGCAUCAGGCCGUUUGGAUUCACCAAGUAUUUUUAUUCCUGGUUAUGUGGAUACGAAGAGAAAACGAACUGUUUCUUACAAGCAGUGUGGUGUUACCGAUCCAAAUGAAAAGAAAAAAACAACAUUUUUCUUCUCAAAGCCGUCCUCAGCCACACGUUCAUGGAUAACUUAUGCCCACGCAAAUUUGGAAGGGCCUUUUCUAUUCUUUGGGCCAAAAACCUUGGAGAGAUUCAAAAAGCCAGCGUUGAAAUUUCUUGACCAAGAUGAACUGAUGAAGAUAUACGCAGAGCCAGCGGCUAUAGUGGUGUUUAAUAACCAGGAUUCUUCGACCCUAUCUAGUGGUAAUUUUCCGAGGCUCAGAAAGAUGCUUGAAGGUCAAACUGUAUUGAUUCUCCCUCAGGACUUUUUGGAUGUACAUCCGGAUUAUAUUAGCAAUGAGACACAGGUCCUAACAUUGCAAGGGCCAUGGUCAGAACGAGAUGCGCAAAUGACAGAAACUUUUGACAGGCUUCAAGACAUUUAUGGCGAGGGACGGGUUUUGGGAGUGUUAGGUAACUCGGUGUCACAAUCACAACCGAUUGAUUAUGACAGCGAAUGGUCAAGAGUGCGACGCCAGGCCGAAGAUGGUACCACCACCAUUACUUCUACCACAGAAGACGAUAAACCAGCACGUAAUCUGCCAAAAUAUGCACUCUAUAAUGCAACUGGACCUCCCGGCAAGGCCGCUUUGUUGUACUCCUCUGGUUGGCCUGAGCUCCGAUGGGAGGAUGGAACAACGACCAUCCUUGACACUCCCGUUGGGGAACCCACCGUUAAGCCAACUCGUUUAUAUACGAUAUUGGUCGUGAGAUUCGCUGAUGGUGACAAUACCAGAGACAAAAUAACGCUAGAAUUCAGUUUCAAGCAAUCAGGUGGAUGGUGGUCCGCUGUUGGUGUUGAAGUUAAGCGAGGCUUAGCUACUACGGGGCUGUCUCUUCAGGCACCAGCACUUCCGGAUACGCCUGCAGCUGUGCUGGGCAAGGGAUACACUUGUUCACUGCCUUUGGUAUAUUCGUCUGAAGAAGCAUCUCUAACGUUUCCAAAUAUAAAGAUGCAACCAUUUAUGGAAAGUACAGACAAGUUCACAGAUGCCUUCAACUGCAUAACAUUCACUACUGUUCCUAUAUGGUCUGGCUUGAUGGUGACCUUCCUGAUGCUGUUUGGUCUAUCAGUGUCCAUCACAAUGAUCUUAGACAUAAAGACAAUGGACCGAUUCGAAAACAGUCGAAGUAAGCAGCUUACUAUCACUGUUUCAGAAUAA